AUGGAAUCAAAACAGAUCGAUAAGAUACGUACCCCAAUGGGACUUAUUACGGGACAAUGUCCCAGAUCACAUAGGCGAGGUAUUCCAGAGAUACUUCACGGCAUUGUACAAUUAUCACUCCAUUACGAUCCCACAAACCGAUCGUCCAUCACCAACUUCCUAGAAACUCUAGAGCUCCCCAAGCUUUCCCAGACAAUGAUUGAAGCAGAAGUCACAAUAGAAGAAAUGGCAGUGGCCCUCGCAGCCUUCAAACAUAAUAAGAGCCUUGGCCCGGACGGGUACACUGCCUUAUACUAUAAAUAA